GAUGUUAAAAUGGGCUUGUCCUACCCAUUUACGUCCAAGCCCGUUUAAUUUUCGUGUCCAUAUAAAGUCCAUUUACUUAACAAUAUUAAACGGGCUUCGUCGGGUUUGUCCACUUGUGUCCAUUUAAUAAACGGGUUUUGAUAAAAAUAACUGGACAGCCCAUUAAGUUCAUUUAAUUUUUUUUUCUCUUCAACCUAAUCUAUCGUCGUCGUUCUUCCUCCUUCUUCACCUCCUUGGCUCUUUGCCUCCUUACGAAAGAUCAAACUGCUCCAAAUGAGUUUCUGAUUCGAAUCAUGAAGCUUCUAGGGUUUCGAUUUGUCUUCUAGAGUCGUUGUUCUUCACCUCCUUGCCUCCUUUCAUCUCGUCACGAGAUUCCCGAGAUUCCCGUGUCUUCUACUUCUUCUUCUUCACUCUCUCCAGCUCGUGUUUCCUCGUAUCAUACAAUCAAGGUUUCACGAACAUAUGCAAAGGAGUCUCAAAAAUUGCAACCAAAGCUGAGAUUAUAAGUGAGAUGGACUAUGAUACUGUGCACACAAUGGCGCUUCUUGAAGCUCAACGUGAAUACAUGGACAUGAAUGAUGAAGAUGCUGAAUUUGAUAUAGAUGAAGAAAUGGCAGAAACAGAAACAGAAGCAGAAGCAGAAGUUCAGUGUGAACCACAAGCCACUGCAUCAACACAAGCAGCGAAACCUCAACCUUUAGAUCCAAGAAUAAAGAUUGAGAUGCUUCAAGCUGCUUAUAAGAAAUUGGAUCCCUCUACUUCAAGUUUAAAGAUUAAAGAACUUAAGGAUAGUUUGUCUGCACUCUACAAAGACUAUCAGAAACGGUCUCAAACAAGUUCUUCAGGUGUUUCACUCACACCAACUCCACAAGAGAUUGUCACAGAAUCUCCACUUGAAGAUGAUUAUGAUAAUGAUUUUUUUGAGUUGGAAAAGAGCAUUGGAGGUGGAGUUGGCAACCCAAAGACACAUUUGGACAUAUAUUUGGAAGAGCCAAGGCUGAACAGAAGGGCUAACUUGGAUUUGGAUGUCUUGAGUUAUUGGAAAGAGAACCAACAUCGAUUUGGAGAUUUAGCAUCGAUGGCACGUGACAUCCUCAGCAUUCCGAUCACCACAGUAGCUUCAGAGUCUGCCUUUAGCAUUGGAUCCCGGGUUUUAACUCCAUACCAAAAUCAUCUCUUGCCUAAAAAUGUCCAAGCUCUUCUUUGCACUAGGAAUUGGUUGCGCGGUUUUGCUGAAUACACAGGUAAAGCUUAA